GUCGUGAAACUUGUGCGUUAUCUAUAAAAAAAGAUAAAAUAAUAAAUCAAUUUUCAGUUCACUUUGACAAAAUGCCUCGCUUUUUAAAUGCAAUACUUCUUUUGGGCGCAUCGAAUAACCUGUUCUUUUCGAUCUAUGCACAGAUGAUCUUCCCGGAGCCAAUAAUUCCAAAUGGAAACUAUUCACAACUUUCUCGGGCUGGAUUCCCAUUGUUCACGCCAUAUCCACUGUUCAAUCCAUUUCAAGCGAUAAUACCUGGUCAGGUAUUUGCCACUCCACCAGCCUAUGCUGGUACAGUACAAACUUGUAUUUGUGUACCGAUUGGAACGUGCACGGGAACCACCGUUGCACCAUCGAAUGACGGAAGCGGAAUCAUUGAUAUUCGUAUUGUAAACAAUCCCCCAUCACCGACUGUUCCAACAGCACCUUGUUUCACUGGAUUGCAGCGCUGUUGUUUUCCCGGGCCGUAUAAAUGUGGGGUAAGAUAUCCGCCGGUGGCCGGCAGUCCAGCGGCUGGGCCGGGCCAAGCUCCGUACGGCAAAUAUCCAUGGCAAGCGGUUCUUCUCGGUCCUGGCGAUGUCUAUCAAGGUUCUGGUGUUCUAGUUGAUGCACUCAACGUUCUUACCACCGCACACAAAGUCGCCAAUUACUCUGCUGUUCCAGCACAGUUGCGUGUGCGAAUGGGAGAAUGGAACGCAGCCGGAGAUACAGAGCCUUUGCCAGCCCAAGAAUUUGUGGUUUCAAAGAUUUUCAUCCAUCCGAAUUUCAAUCCAAUUAAUUUAAAGAAUGACGUCGCCGUAUUACGCCUCACUGUGGCGGUUCCAUUGGGUCAACUACCAACAAUCACAACUGCAUGCUUGCCUGUAUCAGCAUUCGUGGGUCAAAGGUGUUGGGUCAGUGGUUGGGGCAAAAAUGAUUUUAGCGGCGUCUAUCAAACGAUUCAAAAAGAAGUGGAUGUUCCAAUUCUAGAUGCGGCUAAAUGUCAAAGUGCGUUAGCGGCCACAAGAUUAGGAAGUGCAUAUGUUUUUGAUGCAACCAGUUUCAUUUGUGCAGGUGGCGAACCAGGCAAAGAUGCGUGCACGGGAGACGGCGGUUCGCCUAUGGUGUGCGAAGUAAACGGACAACAUUUCGUUGCUGGAUUGGCUGCAUGGGGAAUUGGCUGUGCUGGAUCCAACGUACCUGGCGUCUAUGUUAAUGUACUUUCUUUUAAUGCCUUCAUUCAAACCAGCAUUUCAUCCUCAUAAAC